CUUACAUACAACGAUUCAACAUACAUCCGCUUGCGAAUCUGGCGUGAAUAUGGGCGCCAGAUCGGAGGGGACAGCCCUGGAUGCUCUGCACUACGACCCCAUCGAGCACCUCAACCAGCUCUUCUCCCACCCGUCGACCGUCUCCUCCAUCAGCCAAGUGUCCCAUACACUACGACACCGCCAACAUGAAAUCGCGAGCGACAUUUCCCGGCUGGAGCAGCAGCAGGCGUACCAGCCUGAUUCGAGCCUCGAGCGCAUGCAGUCGGCCCAGGCGGAGCUAGCACAGCUCUUCCGCAAGAUCGAGACGGUCCGGUCGCGGGCUAUGGAAACGGAGCAAAACAUUACGAGCAUGACGGCCGAUAUCAAGAGGCUGGACGGCACGAAACGGAACCUGACGCUCAGCAUGACAGCACUGAAGCGGCUGCAGAUGCUGACGACCGCGUACGAGCAGCUGCGCGGACUGGCGAAGAGCAGGCAAUAUCGAGAGUGCGCCGGGCUCCUGCAGGCUGUGAUCCAGCUGAUGAAGCACUUUAACAGCUAUCGAAGCAUUGAGCAGAUUGCGACACUCAGCCGGGGGGUCGCAGAUUUACAGAGAGAGCUCCUGGAGCAGGUCUGCGAGGAUUUUGAAAUGGCUUUCGCCAAAGCUGAGGUGUCGGCACGCAGGGGUACGCUCCAGGAAGCUUGCCUUGUUGUUGAUUCCCUGGGCGACCAAGCCAAGUCCAGGCUCAUGACUUGGUACGUGAAUACGGAGCUCAGGGAAUACCGGCAAGUCUUCAGGGGCAACGACGAGGCGGGCAACCUGGACAACAUUGGGCGGCGCUACGCAUGGUUCAAACGCAUGUUGAAGACCCACGAGGACGAGCACGCGGCCAUCUUCCCACCGCAUUGGAAGGCGAACGAGGUUCUGGCGACGGCAUUCUGCGACGGCACGCGGGAGGACUUUAAGCUGAUAUUGGAAAAGAGCAUGCGGCGCGGCGAGGGACAAAAGGUAGACGUCAACCUGUUGCUGAGCUGUCUGCAGGAGACUCUCGAUUUCGAGCAAAGCCUAGAGAGGCGCUUCGGGAGCGAACCCAGGGCCAGCAUCGACACACUGAGCUCGCAGGACGAAAGGCCGCAUAAGUUUAAUGGAUUGGUGUCUGUGGCUUUUGAACCGUACCUGAGCUUGUGGGUCGACUCGCAGGACAAGCAGCUGGCCUCGGUGAUACCCAAGUACCGCAACCAACCACUCGUUGCGGAGGAUGAGGAGUUCUCGCCGUCGGCUGUCAUACCGUCGGCCAUUGAGCUUUUCCACUUUUACAAGCUCACAUUGUCGCAGUGCGCCAAGCUGUCGACGAGCGAUCGCCUGUUGGACCUGUCGAGGGUACUGGCAAAGUACCUGGACGAAUACGCCCAGCAAGUCCUACUGCACAUCUUGCAGGCGGGUGGACAGCAAGCGCCGACGAUACAAGAUGUAGUGCUGGUACUCAAUUCGGCAGAUUUCUGGCAUGCCAACACGAACCAGCUGGAGGAGAACAUCAAGAAACGUAUCGACAGUGAACUGGUGUCCAAGGUAGAUCUGACAUCUCAGUCCGAUGCGUUCCUGGGUGUGGCGAGCGCAGCCGUCCUGGCGCUGGUGCACAUUGUCGAGGUCGAGUGUGACGGUGUGUGGCGCGAGAUGCGCAACACGAACUGGAGCACAAUGGACAGCGCGGGCGACCAGAGCUCCUAUGUCAGCGAGCUCGUGCGGCGCGUGAACGGCAAAGUGGAGGAGAUUCUCGGGGUGGUGGCCAAGCAGCAGUACGCGAGGGCCUUUUGCGACAAUCUCGUCGAGCACUUGGCGUCGGCGUACAUCAACAGCAUUGUGCAGUGCCGACCCAUAUCGGAGGUUGGUGCGCAGCAGAUGCUGGUGGACAAGUACGCGCUCACGAAAGCGUUCAACAACCUGAUUCUGUUCCACAACCCGUCGCCGGAUCACCAGACGCCGUCGGCAAGCUUCGUCCGCCGUGUCGAGCAGUGCAUGAAUAGGAUGGACCCCCUUCUCAAGACGCUCCAAGUGCGAUCCUCCCCUCCGGAAGGGCUUGUGCAAGCCUACCUGAUCCAUAUUGGCGACCGGUCCGACACCAACUUCAAGAAGAUUCUUGACCUCAAGGGGAUUCGCAAGCAGGACCAGCAUCAUCUGGUGGAGCUGUUUGGUAUCCAUCGAGAUGGCAGCGGCCACGAUAAGCUGGUCGCGAGCUCACCACUUCUCACACCGCUGAUGACUGCUUCUGGGAUGGGUCAUACGGCGGGCGCAGGGUCCAUGAGCAGCGGCAGUGCGCUGAGUGCAGCGACGGGUGCUCGCUUUGAUACCGGGUCUCUCGGGGAGAAGCUCCUCAGUGCGGCGAGGGACAUUAGCACAGCUACGGACCGUGCGGGCCAGAGCGGCAUGGAAAAGGCCACGAUCAACGAGAAUCUUCGCAAUUUCGGGAAAUUCUUCAAGAGAGAUAUUGGGGGACUGGGGGCGCGGUUUGGGAAGAGGGAUGGGAGUGAGGAAGGCCUGGGGCUGCGAUGAGCAUGCACCACGCGGGGGUUCGUAUUUACGGCAGUACAUAUCUAGGUAGAUGGCAUAAUUAGCGUGUGAUGGUUCUUGUGCAAGAUGGUGCAGUGUCCCCAUAUCAUCAAACACUGACAUUUCGGAUUGUGAACGAGCGUGCGGUAUGACAACCGCAGGACGGGGCUGCGUAGAGCGAUGGUAUAGGUGUAUAAAAACAAUUAAGGCAAUGUAUUCUCCAG